GCCGCCUCCUCUCAGCGUCGCAGGCCGGCACGGCGGCCGUGACAAUGUUGCGGGGCUGGUAGCUGGGCGCCGGCCGCCGAGCCAUCUCAAGUUUAAACUUACGCGAAUCGCUCUCUGGAGGAGGAGGAGGAGACCCGCCGCGCGAUUGACACGCAUAUUCCUAUAGGCAUCCUCCUUCAGCCCCCACCCCCACGGCCGGAUUCGGGUGGCUCCUCUCGGAGCUGAAAUCCGAGAAGAAAUCCUUAGAUCUCUUAAAAAAAAAAUCUAGAAACCAUCGGUAUUUUGCUUUCCUGCUUCCUAUUUGCAAGAUGAAGAAGUUUUUCGACUCCCGGCGAGAGCAGGGCGGCUCUGGCCUGGGCUCUGGCUCUAGUGGAGGAGGGGGCAGCACCUCGGGCCUGGGCAGUGGCUACAUCGGGAGGGUCUUUGGCAUCGGUCGACAGCAGGUCACAGUGGACGAGGUGUUGGCCGAAGGUGGAUUUGCUAUCGUGUUUCUGGUGAGGACAAGCAAUGGGAUGAAAUGUGCCUUGAAACGCAUGUUUGUCAACAAUGAGCAUGAUCUCCAGGUGUGCAAGAGGGAAAUCCAGAUAAUGAGGGACCUGUCAGGGCACAAGAACAUUGUGGGUUACAUUGAUUCUAGUAUCAACAAUGUGAGUAGCGGCGAUGUAUGGGAAGUUCUCAUUCUGAUGGACUUUUGUAGAGGAGGCCAGGUGGUAAACCUGAUGAACCAGCGCCUGCAAACAGGCUUUACAGAGAAUGAAGUGCUGCAGAUAUUCUGUGAUACCUGUGAAGCUGUUGCCCGCCUGCAUCAAUGCAAAACACCUAUUAUCCAUCGUGACCUAAAGGUUGAAAAUAUCCUCUUGCAUGACAGAGGCCACUAUGUCCUGUGUGACUUUGGCAGUGCCACCAACAAAUUCCAGAAUCCACAAACUGAAGGAGUUAAUGCAGUAGAAGAUGAGAUUAAGAAAUACACAACGCUGUCCUAUCGAGCACCAGAAAUGGUCAACUUGUACAGUGGAAAAAUCAUCACUACGAAGGCAGACAUUUGGGCCCUGGGAUGUUUGUUGUAUAAAUUAUGCUAUUUCACUUUGCCAUUUGGGGAGAGUCAGGUGGCAAUUUGUGAUGGAAACUUCACAAUUCCUGAUAACUCUCGAUAUUCUCAAGACAUGCACUGCCUUAUUAGGUAUAUGUUGGAACCAGACCCUGACAAAAGGCCGGAUAUUUACCAAGUUUCCUACUUCUCAUUCAAACUUCUCAAGAAAGAAUGCCCAGUUCCAAAUGUACAGAAUUCUCCUAUUCCUGCAAAACUUCCCGAACCAGUGAAAGCCAGUGAGGCAGCUGCAAAAAAGACCCAGCCAAAAGCCAGACUGACAGAUCCCAUUCCUACCACAGAAACUUCAAUUGCACCCCGCCAGAGGCCUAAAGCUGGGCAGACUCAGCCAAAUCCAGGAAUCCUUCCCAUCCAGCCAGCUCUGACACCUCGGAAGAGAGCCACAGUUCAGCCUCCGCCUCAGGCUGCAGGACCCAGCAAUCAACCUGGGCUUUUGACCAGUGUUCCUCAACCAAAAGCCCAAGCCCCACCCAGCCAGCCUCUGCCUCAGUCUCAGCCCAAGCAGCCACAGGCUCCAUCCACCCCACAGCAGCCGCCUUCCACCCCAGCCCAGGGUCUGACAACAUCUCAGGCCCAGGCCACACCCCAGCACCAGCAACAGCUCUUCCUCAAGCAGCAGCCACAGCAGCCGCAGCCCCAGCCCCAGCCACAGCAGCAGCCACAGCAGCAGCCACAGCAGCCAUCAGGCACAUUUUACCAGCAGCAGCAGGCCCAGGCUCAGCAGUUUCAGGCAGUACAUUCAGGAACCCAGCAACCAGCCAUUGCCCAGUUCCCUGUGGUGUCCCAGGGAGGCACUCAACAGCAGCUGAUGCAGAACUUCUACCAGCAGCAGCAGCAACAGCAACAGCAGCAGCAGCAGCAGCAGCAGCAACAACAGCAGCAACAACAGUUGGCCACAGCUUUGCAUCAGCAACAGCUGAUGACUCAGCAGGCAGCUCUGCAGCAAAAGAGCCUGGCAGCAGCAGGACCACAGCCCCAGGCCCAGCCUGCCUCUGUCCCCCAGCCAACAUCUGCUCAGGAGCCCACACUUCAAGCCCCAGUAAGACAACAGCCAAAGGUUCAAACAACCCCACCUCCUACCAUCCAGGGACAGAAACUUGGAUCUCUGACUCCUCCAUCAUCCCCCAAAACCCAACGAGCUGGGCACAGGCGGAUUCUCAGUGACGUCACCCACAGUGCUGUGUUUGGGGUCCCUGCCAGCAAAUCCACUCAGCUGCUCCAGGCAGCUGCAGCUGAGGCCAGUCUCAAUAAAUCCAAGUCUGCAACCACCACUCCAUCAGGAUCUCCUCGCACCUCCCAACAAAAUGUCUAUAAUCCUUCAGAAGGUUCUACAUGGAAUCCCUUUGAUGAUGACAAUUUCUCCAAACUUACAGCUGAGGAACUGCUGAACAAGGACUUUGCCAAGCUGGGGGAAGGCAAACAUCCUGAAAAGCUUGGCGGCUCAGCUGAGAGUUUGAUCCCAGGUUUCCAGUCAACCCAAGGUGAUGCUUUUGCUGCUUCCUCAUUCUCUUCUGGAACUGCUGAGAAAAGGAAGGGUGGGCAAACUGUGGAUUCUGCUGUCCCACUUCUAAGCGUUUCUGAUCCUUUCAUUCCUCUUCAGGUACCUGAUGCACCAGAAAAACUAAUUGAGGGACUCAAAUCUCCUGACACGUCUCUUCUGCUCCCUGAACUCUUGCCUAUGGCAGAUCCUUUUGGUAGCACUUCCGAUGCUGUAAUUGAAAAAGCUGAUGUUGCUGUUGAGAGUCUCAUACCAGGACUGGAACCCCCAGUUGCCCAGCGCCUCCCAUCUCAGACGGAGUCUGUGACCUCAAACCGCACAGGUCUCCAGAGAGAGCCCAAUCCCUGUCCUGUAAUUACUGUAGAGCACUUUAAAGAAUCAGCGGGCAUUGAAGGCCUUCCCCUGUAUCCAGACCCCUCCAGAGUACCUGGUUCAAAGACUCAGAACAACUUAGAAUCUGACUAUUUAGCCAGAGAUGGCCCUUCAAGCAACAGCUCUUUCCACAGCAGUGAAGAGGAGGGGACUGACCUGGAGGGAGACAUGCUAGACUGCAGUGGGUCUCGACCUCUCCUUAUGGAGUCUGAAGAGGAGGAUGAAAGCUGCAAGCCGUCCCAGGGGAAGCCAGGAGGAGCCGUUGCAUUUGCUUCAACUGAAAUCUCUGCUGAGCAAGCAAAAGCAAUGCAAAGUGGAAGAAAGAACCAGUUCCAAACCCUUACGCAGCCAGCCACCGAUGGUUUUAGUGAGCCAGAUGUCUUCGCCACAGCCCCCUUCAGGAGCUCAAGAGUUCUAGCUGAUGACAUGGACAUUUUCUCCAAAGCGCCAUUUGUCUCCAAAGGCAGUGUGGCUCCUUCCCAGCCAGAGGAGGUAGAUGUGUUCUUGAGAGCUCCUUUUACCAAGAAGAAAAGCAUGGAGGAGUUACCAGUUAUCCAGAGCUCCUCUCAGGAACCACCUGCACAGACCAGUCUCCUCAGCCAGACAGGUGAUGUCCCUCUGCUCUCAGGCCUUGAAAGAGCAGUGUACAGCUCUGUCCAAACUCAGUAUUCCAUAGCUGGUUUUGUACAACAGUCUAACCACCCCUCCCAUUCUGUCAAAGCAGUAGACCAUCUUGACAGCAUCUCUCCCAGGGGAACCUCCCUGGAAUCUGGGGGCCAGCCCAAUGACAGAAGCAAAGGACCUCUGCCCCAGAAAGAAGCUGUCUCAGGCCCUAUGGCUGGCAAACCAUUCCGCCCCCAGUCUUUAUCCAAAUAUUCCCGUCACUAUAGCCCAGAAGAUGAGCCAAGCCCAGAAGCCCAGCCAAUUGCUGCAUACAAAAUUGUUUCCCAAACCAACAAGCAGUCAAUAGCAGGCUCUGUUUCCAUCACAUCCCUUUCCUCCAGGACUACGGAACUACCAGCUGCUGAUCCUUUUGCUUUAGCACCCUUUCCUUCAAAAGCAGGCAAGCAAAAACCUUAGGAGCAGUACCUGAGCCUAGGCCUCCGCCUCUGCUCCACCCCACAAAUAUCACCACACCACUCCCAGCUGAGCCUUUUCAAGAAGAAAUAGUAUCAGUUAUUUCCAUCCCCUGCAUCAGAGCAGAGUCUCUUCAACUCAACAAACUCAGUUGUAGUGACACUUGGUUGAAGCCCUUCUAAGUUAUGCUUUAUUUUGUUUUUAUUGAUUUCUAGACUUUCACACACUUCAGUUUCCUUCCUAGAGGCCUUCCACUUCCACCCAGAACUCUGCUUCUCCCUCCAUCCCUGCAAAACUGUUUUAAUCCAGGAAUAUUUUACCCCAACCCCAGGGGCCAUAUUAUUACUAGUAUUAAUUCCUGUAACUCCUCUUCUGAGUCAUGUCCAUUGAAGAGUCAAGAUUAAUCCCUCCAGGACUUAAUACUCUUGGAAAAGGGAGAUUUCUAGAAAAGAGCAAUAUAAAAAUCCUGCAUGUCAAGAGGAAGUAUAAUCUUGCAGCUACUAAUCAUUCCUGUAGAACCAGCAGCUCUUGAAGGAUUCUGUGGAUCUGUUUCUGAGUCUGUGUUUAAGCCAGGAUGGCCCUCACGUGUGUCUGUGGGUGUGUGAUGUGCAUCAGAUCCUUUCCUAUGUAGAAAUGCACGCAGAUGGGAAAACUGUGCUCAUUCUAAUCAUGUGAGCAGGGCCUUCCCACACUUUUUAAAUUGGUAUGGAUGCACAGGCGCACACACACACAUGCACAAGCAUCAGAAACAUUUUUCCUCUAGGUUAAUCCUAUCCCACCAUGCCUACCUCCACAAUCAGAUCACCCUUACUCCCAUUUGCCUGCUGACCUAACCAACUUGAACCCUGUUUUUAUUUAGUUUUUUUUUUUUUUUUUUUUAUCAUGGCAAAAUUGUAUCCAUUGGAAGAUGUAGGGAAAUCUUGCUGGAACUGAGGUUCAGAGUGGAUUGUUUUUUUUCCAGAAUUUGCUCUGUGCUUUUAACAAAUUUCCUUUACCUGGUUGUGAAAAUUUAAUUUUUUAAGUAUAUGUUUUCCCCUCACAACAGUAGAAAGGAGUGCCUUGUUACAAUUCCAGCCACUGGGUAGCUUGGACUCAGUGCUGUCAUUAUGGAAUUCAUUAAUCUCUAGACUAGGAUACAAAAUUAGUUUGCUUGUUUCCCCUUCCCCCACAAAUCCUUAUCUCUCUCCACUACCUCUUGAGGAAAUAUGAACCUGGGACAUGUAAAUAAAUUUGGGAGAAUGAAAAAGCUGAAUUAGCUAGCCAUGAAAACUAAAUUCUCUAUUCUCUUUAGAUGUUAAAGUAGGGCAGACAGGUGACUGGAUUAUGUUUUUGGAAGUAUCUUUUAUUUCUGGAAAGAUCUGACUCAUUCUUAGCUUUUUUCAUACCAUUUAUUUUUAGUGCCUUAAAACCUUUGUCUCAAUGGGAAGAUUUCUGCUGAGGAAGCCCAAUUUAAUGGAAAGAGUCUCUGCAUCAGUUUCAACCUGAGAGCUUCCUAAAACUUCUAGUAAAUGUUAGUGAUUUCUCCACUACUGGAGAAACUUGGAGAGUUGUGUACCAACCUAGAUUAGUGAUUUACAAAUUAUUGGAAGUUCAUUCAAGAAUCAAGCCUAAAUGCCAAGUUCUACUGCGGUUGAUUAGGUGUGCUAUUCUUUCAAGGAGGUGGAGGUGUAUACCUCGGUGGUAGAACAUAUUCUUAGUAUGCCAAAACCCCAAGUUUGAUCCACAUCAUGAAAAAAUUCAAAUUCAAAAUCUUGAUAAUAAAAUAAGAACAACUCCUUUAAAACACUUUUUGUUUUCUUAGUCUCCACCUAUUUCAAAUAUCCACGUUAAAAGAGAAAUAAUUGGCACUGUGUUAGGGCUACUAUCGAUGAUUUUUCGACUGAGGUCUUAACUGUGGCCAGAAACCUGUCUUUCACUUUAAUGGAUGCUAAGUGUUUAGUUUUAAGAAUUUGCCUUCUCACAAUUAUUAUUUCUGUCCCUCCCCUAAUGUAACAAUGUGUGCAAAAUUGUAUUUCCAUUGAAUAGCUUUGGUUAAUGCACAUGGAACUUUGCACCACAAACUUUUCCUAUGGUAGUUAUCAAGUGAAGCCCUCAAAGGCAUGAGCUAGGAGGAUAGGAAUAUUCAGAGAGUUCUUAUCUGAAAAAACCUACUUGCCUGGCUUAGUGGUGUGCACCUCAAGUCUCAGCUACUGGGGAGUUUGAGGCAGGAAGAUUGCUUGAGCCCAGGAGUUCAAAGCCAGCCUGGGCAACAUAGAGAGACCUGUCUUUAUUUUUAAAAAAAGAAAGGAAAAAAAAAGAAAAGAAGAGGGGGAAAAAAAGACAACAACUCUUUUAAAGUUAGAGGUCAUUCUAACUCAUUCUUCCAAAUAUUCAGGAUUACCUCAGCCCUGCAAAUGUUAUUCCUUUGUUUAUUUGAUCACUUCCUCCUAAUCAAGUGGCCAUUUUAAUUCUCAAGGUACAAAUCAGAAUAAAAUCAUGGUAAUUUUAUUAUGUAGUUGAAUUGUUUUUUGAAGGAUAGAUUUGCUCUUUUUCAUGUUUGCUGUAGACCCACAUGGGUGGAAACUACAUGCCUUCUUCAAAUAGGAAAAUGAAUGUAACCACAUGCAAAUUACUUUUUUCUUAUUCAUUGAUGCCUGAAGAAAUUUUGACUUGUGGAUUACAUUAAUUACAAGUUAAUAAUUGGUGGAUUCUGAAUACUAUGGUAGGGUUUUAUUCACUUUUCACUGGUUACUUUUGGAUGGUAAAGAGUAAAUGCAUCAAAGAUUAAGUGGCCUUGCCAGAGGCCAUCCUAUAUCUGGAAAUCUGGAAAAUACCCUUUUUAAGGGAAAUCAGGAGUGUUCAGUGUGUUAUGAAUUAGUAGCAAAUGCAUGUUUCCAAUAACUAGACUGCAGCAAUUUAAUAUUAAAGAGGAAAAAGAAAAUAUAUAGUCAACAAAGUACUGCACUUACUUGUUUUAGUUUGUGUUGUAUGUUGUUUGCAUUACACAUUUGAUAUAGGAAUUGUUGACCUUUCAUUGCAGUGAAAAACAAUGAACCAGGACAUUUUUAGACAAUGCAUUAAGCCACAACAUUUAUUGAUGACCUCUUAAAGAACACCUGUUAAUUGACUAGCAGGCACUAUUGAAUUACUGAAGUUUUACUUCACCAGUUUCUUGGGCUUGACAGCCUUUAGCUCCAAACCUCAUGGUUAGAUUGGAAAAUGAAGUGAACAGAAUUUUAUGCUGAAGCAGAUGCUCAGCAAGACCUAAGGAAAUGUAGGUCAUAAACCCUGUUUUGGUUUGGGCUCAUUAUCAAGUUGAAAAUCUCAUGUGCAGACUAGUAUGUAUGUGUUUACUGGCCGGUGUUGUAUCCGAGUUCUGGCAACCAAGAUCUCUUUUUCUCAACUUUCAAGAAGGAUACUAAUACUUUUCUGGCCCAUUAUUUAUUUAGUACAUUUUAGAAUAUAUGCAUGUCUGUGUUUUCAACUGCUUGGUGGACAUUUUGCUGAUGCAUAAAGAAAGCACAUUUAAGUAUAAUCACCAGGGUAAUGUGAUGAUAGGAAUUCUGUAUUUUUUCCUUAAGCAAUAAAAACAUAUCAAAUUACAUAAUAUGUAUGCAUUAUAUCAAAUAGGAAAUUUUAUUAUAGGAAAUUAGAGAAGGGUGAGACCCAAAGUUCUCCUGAGCAGGAAAGAAACAACUUAAAAUGGAGUAAUUUGGGUCUCUUCUAUGUUCAUUGGAAUGGAAAUUGAAGAAUACAUCCCAGUCAACUCAGAAAUGGUUGCUGGUCUCAUAGCAGUUUUAUUGAAAAACCUGGAAGCCAAAUUAUUUUGAUGAGAAAAGUUACCUAAGAGAGUUGCAGGAGACUGCAGGAGGCAGGAGCCCCUUGUUAAUGUCCACAACCAUCUUGAGUUCUGGUCUUCAGUCCUUGCCUGAAGGAGUGAACAUCGAAGAUUUUAAAUGGCAUCGUACAAUUUGAAUCCUUAGUUUUUCCUUGUCCCUGUCAACUAAUACUUGUUUUGUUGUUUUUUAAACCACCAGAACACUUAAAAACUUGUUAAUGAAAACUUCACUAAAGGAAGAAUUUCAUAAUACUUAAAAUAUAAUAAAAAAAUAUCUGGUUGGAAAUUGUUUUUGUUCUGUCCCUGGAAAUCUUCCUGGCUCACCUAUCUUGUUCUUAUUCCCACUUCAUUUCUUCAAUUGACAUUCCCCUGUUUUCACCAUGUGAAUAAGUGGAUGAUGAGAGAUGUGGUUGAAUGACCAUGUUAACAUUUAGUUGCUUCCCUUGGAACUACUAUAAAUAGUUUUGUAAGUUUCAGCCCAGCCUGUGAGAUUGUCACCAAUAACAAUGAAAUGACUGACCUUACCCAUUUCUCUUAGACUAUAAGGAGAGUUGGCAGGACUCCAGCCUUAUUCUGUAGAGAUAUGACCUUGAUCUCCACCUUGAUCUUUUGUGGCCCACAAUGCUUCAGAAUGCAGGAACCAGUUUAUGUGUGAAAGGACUCCAGAACAGCCGGCAGAAGUGGUUAAAUGUUAACUAUAUGUGGCUUAGUCCAAUAUUCUCAUAACCCAGCAAUCUCUAUGUGUGACACAGUUUUGAGUUUAUACUAACAAUGUUCUUGAAAUCAUGUCAGGGUUACCUCAUUGCAUUGUACUAGUACCAGCUAUACAUGUUUAAGAAUCUGUUUGAAGCCAAACAUGGUGGCACACACUUAUAAUCCCAUCUGUUUGGGAGGCUGAGGCAGGAAGAUCACAAGUUCCAGGGCCAGCCUGGGCAGCUUAGUGAAACCCUGUCUCAAAAACUAAAAAGGGCUGGAGCUGUAAUUUACUGCUAGAGCACUUUUCUAGUAUGCAUGAAGCCCUGGCUUCAAUGUUCAGUACUGGGGGGAAAAAAUCUGAUUCCUUUUGGCAAGGAAUUGCAGAAAUAGGCUUUACCAACAUCAGUUAAAGUAAGAUGUGGGAGGAAUGGAGGUGUAGCUCAGUGGUAGCAAGGGCCUGGGUUCAAUACCCAGCAUGGACCAAAAAUAAGUGGAAUGGGUUAGACUUUGGAAGGGAAGGGACACAAUGCAACCUUUUCACUCAGAAAGGGCGAGUCAGUUGUAUUCUCUGAGUCUACCAAAGAGUUCUUGUAGAGGAGUGUGAAUGGAGUGUGGGUCUGUGUGUGUACAUAUAUGUACAUUCUGUGCUUUCUUCCAUGGUGUUAAUUAUGGCCCUUAAUGGCAUCCAAAGAAUACUGAGAAGUGAUCGUCGAUAUCUGGCACAAGUAAAUUCAGCUCCCUUUGCCCCAAACUCUCAAAGUCAGAACUGAAGUUGUUCUCAGUAGAAGUGAAGAAAAUUGGCAUUCAUUGCCUUAGCCUCCUUCCCAAAUAAGCAUCAUCUCAUCUCCAAAGUAAGAUUCAGUAGGGCUUAUCCUAAGAACUUGUGAGUAGUGACAGUAGUGACCAGACACUGCAAGACUUGCAAGACAUUACUCUGAGGGAACAUUAAAUAUCAGUUUCUAGGGAAUAGAAAACAAAUUUAAUAAAGGCCAAGGACCAUGUUCGUUCCGUGGAGAAAAGCUGAACUCCCUCCACUGACAGUAUUUGGAGUUGACAGAAUAAGAACGUCUACCCCUCUCUAAGGAGUAUUGAGGUCAUCAAGCAUCAGAAAACAACAAUGUGCAAACAGUCUCAAAGACUGUGAACAAGGGAAAGGAAGGGGAAAGACCACAAUGUCAAUUUUAACAGUGCUCACAAUACCUCUUAUUUGCAGACUAUUGGAUUUAUGUUGUUGCACUCUUGGUGUGAUCUAUCUCACGUAUCUGAUAGUUUUUAAAAAUAAUUGAGUUGGAAACUUUAUUAAAAUGAACCUAAUGAAAUGA